AUGGCCAAAAAACUGAAGCUCCUGAUUGCAAAGGAACGACAAUACCAGGAGUUAAAGGAGACUAUCAGAGAGAGAGACUUAUCACUUCUUAAAAAGGAGCUGAACCGGCUGAAGUCUUUGGCACUGCUGCUCGUAAAGGAGUAUCAGAGCUUGGAGAAGCUGUUAAAGGAGCACGGGCGUCAUGUCAAACAACUGAGUGCCAUCGCUCAAAGUAUUGACCAGGAGCCCACUACAGCUAAAGAGAGACAACAGCCAAAUUCGAUGCAUCCUGAGGUGGAGCGACCAAAUUCAUACAACAACGGCCAUCGCUCCCGUCACGUUAUGACAGCUCAACUCGCAGAGGGGGCAGCUCAAAAUCAGCCACUUAGACAGCAGCAUUCAAGCCUUGGCCGUCAGACAGACGAGAAACGAGAAAGUUCUGCAAGAGAGAAGGAGAAGGAAUUGCAGGAGACUGGCGAUCGGGAAGCGAGACAACCAGGCUCGCUGUCAGAAGUGGAGGUACUGAGAAGAAGGGUGGUGGAGAUGGAAGGGAAGGAUGAGGAACUUAUCCGCAUGAGGGACCAGUGCCGGGAUCUGGACUGUAGACUGGUUAUGGAGACGAAAAACUGCUCGAGUCUAAAGGUUGAGGUGAAUAGGCUCAAUGGAAGAAUCAGUGAAUUAGACCGCAUCGAGGAGACUUUGGGCAAAAGCAAACAAGAGUGCUGCAAUCUGCGGGACAGCUUGGAAAAAGAGAAAAAUGGCAGCAAGAUGCUCUCAGGUGAGGUGGACUCCCUGAAGAUUAAACUGAGAGAGCUGGAGGCGAGUGAGAGCCAACUGGAGAAGAGCGAGGUGGCAAUCAGACAUGACCUGGCCACGCUCAGGUCUCUGACAGCCGCCUUGGUAGAGGACAGAAAGACCAUGUCGGAGAGGCUGCAGGAAGCCGAGAAAAAACUCUGCGGGCGGGGCAGUUAUAGAGAAGGGGCACAGAGCUCAAAGUCAGACGUGGAAGAAAAGACAACAGGCAUGGCAAAGGAAAGGGACGAGCUACAUGGCAGGCUCGCAAUGGAGCAACAGAGAAACAUGGAGCUCGAGAGUAAAAUGGUCAUUAUGAGAAAGAGGCUACAGGUUUUGGAAAACAGGAGAGAAAAAGAAGAGAAGUACAUGCAAGGCUCCAGCAACACCAGUCCGCGCUGCCAAAUGGAAGAGAACAAAGCCAAACAACUCACAUGGGAGCUGGAGAGGCUACAAAAAAGACUGCAGGACAAGGAGAUGAUGGAGAAGGAACUGAUUAAAGUCGAGGACGACUACGAGUCUCUGGAAAAGAGAUUCAAUGAUGAGCAGAUUAAGUCCAAGUCUCUACUCAAGGAACUAGAGGUGGCCAAAAAGGAGCUUUCCGGAUACAAGCAGGCGGAAAAACAGGACAUCAACCAGGAACAUGUCCUCCUUUGUCGUCUACAGAAGGAGCAAGUCAAGUCCAGGCUGCUUGCACGAGAGGUCAGUGCGCUCAAAGAGCAACUCCAGCAGCUGAUGGGCACAGAGGAAUCCAUCAGCAGGGUCCAGACGGAUCACUCUGCGUUGCAGGGUAAGCUGAUGCAACAAGAAACCAGGAACCGGGAACUCGCUCGGGAGAUGAGGGACUUGAGCAGCGAACUCGACAGAUACAGAUGUCUAAAGAAUCUUGCGCCGGGUGGAAAUGACGAGCAUUAUCGCCCCACCAAGGAGGUGCAAACCGAGCCAACAGGCAACUUGCCGACUGACUGCCAACUGCCCCCUAUAAUUAACACAAAAUUUGGCGAGAAGCAGGACGAGGAGGAUCCGAACCACAACGUUGAAGUCGCAGGCAGCCGGGGCUCAACUCUCAUCAGCAACCUGAACAGCUUGAACAGUGCCAACAACAUCGUGAGCCAAAACAGAGGCCACGCAGCCAACGGGGUAAAUGUGCACCAAGCGGCUAAUGGGGACGUGAUGAUGCUAACGCACACACCAGGGCAGCCACUCCAAAUCAAGGUAACGCCGCAUCACAUUCUCAACACGGCCACCCUGGAGAUCAGCAGCCCCACCGCCGACGCCUCCGCCUCCUACACCAGCACGGCCUUCAUCCCAUCUGGCGGAAACACGCCAAACCAAAGAAUCACCAUCAUCCAGAAUAAGACGCCACCGUCGAGUCCCGACCGCACCCUCUCCCUGCUGAACGGGGCCCCCGUCUCUCGAAUGAUGAGUCCCAAUUCAUCCCGAUCGGCGACUCCGGACCUCCCGAUCCAGAUUUUGACGGUCAGGACUUGUUCUCCGGAGCCGACCGACAUCGGGAGCCAGGGCGCCUUCUGCAAGACUCCUGAGCGGCAGAACAGCUGGCACCACGUGUGUUCCAGCAGCCCCGAGUCCAGCCCCAGCAUCAUCACCACAGAGGACAAUAAGAUCCACAUCCACCUCGGGAACCCGUAUCUCCCGUCUCACAGCAUGCCGCCACCUGUCGGGCCGUACUACCUUCGACAUGAGCAGAGGACUCAAGUACUUGCAAAUGGCUGCCAUGUCAAAGGUGUUGGCAAGAUUACCAGUAGUAUUACCAUAUCUCCCGCUACAUCUCCCGCCCAACACUCCCCUAUGUAGCAGUGACCAUUUUAAUGAGGUCAACGUGUGAAUGUCUCUUUCCAAAUAGAUACUGUAUUAUGCCACCUUCCUGCAAGACUAUCAAAUUAAAUCAAUGCCGCCCAUGUUUUUGUAAUGACACGCCAUAGUUUGCUACAAUACACUUCACCUAGUAUUUCUUAUCCAAAUAAUGAUUUGUACAACUGUUUCUACUGCCUGUAUGAGAAUGACAUGAAGCAAAUGCAAUACAAUCUCCUAUCUUUAAAGAUGUGGACAUUUCUUUCACUUGCUAGCCAGGCUAAUUUGUCAGCAUGCACUGUUACAUAAAUGGCGACUUAUUUUGUGGAGCUGAUAAUAAAAAAUGGAAAAGCUGAGAAAA